AUGUCUACUCUUCUGGAAAACAUCACUGCCAUCAUCAAAAUAUUCCAACAGUAUUCCAAAACGGACAAAGAAACUGACACACUGAGCAAAGAAGAGCUGAAGGAACUUCUGGAAAUGGAGUUUCGCCCAGUUCUGAAGAAUCCAGAUGACCCAGACACUGCUGAUCUCUUCAUGGAUAUCCUUGACAUAGACCACAACCAGAAAUUAGACUUCGAGGAAUUUUUUCUGAUGGUAUUCAAGUUGGCCAAAGUGUACUAUGAGUCUAAAAUGAGACAGAAUUUCCAAGCCACAGGACAGAAGCAGAAAAAGAAGGGAUAUGAAAAGAAACAUGUAGAACAUGACAGAAAAGGAAAAGAUGAGAAAGAAAAAGGGGAAGAGGGUAGAAAAAGAAAAUCUAGCCAUUCAAAGAGUGGUGAAGAGGAAAAAAAGGAAAGAUCCAAGAGCCCAAGAGGAAGAGGGAAAAAGAGACAUGGGUCUAGCUCUGAAAGAAAGAGUGCGAAAGGUGAUACAUCUACUCAUAGACAUAGAGAUACACAUGGGGAGAAAACUCACGAAAAAAGGGGAAAAGAGAAAAGAUCAGGCUCAAGAGGACGACAAGAAUCCAAGCAUGUGCUGUCACCAGACAGCUCCAGACACUCAGGCACUGGACAUGGACAAUCUUCUUCAGGGUCCAGAACAACCAGACAUCGGGGACCCAGUAGUAGUAGUCAGGCAAGCGACAGUGAAGGACACUCUGAAGACUCAGGGACAUCCUCUGGAGGACACAAUGUCUCAUCCCAUGGGCAGUCAGGAUCAGGCUCAAGAGGAAGACAAGAUUCCAAGCAUGUGCUGUCACCAGACAGCUCCAGACACUCAGGCACAGGGCACGGACCCUCCCCUUCAGGACCUAAGACAACCAGACAUCAGGGAUCCACUAGCAGUCAGGCCAGCGACAGUGAAGGACACUCUGAAGACUCAGGGACAUCCUCUGGAGGACACAAUGUCUCAUCCCAUGGGCAGUCAGGAUCAGGCUCAAGAGGAAGACAAGAUUCCAAGCAUGUGCUGUCACCAGACAGCUCCAGACACUCAGGCACAGGGCACGGACCCUCCCCUUCAGGACCUAAGACAACCAGACAUCAGGGAUCCACUAGCAGUCAGGCCAGCGACAGUGAAGGACACUCUGAAGACUCAGGUAAACAUUAUCCCUCAACCCAUGACAGGACUGGGUCCAGUUCAAGGCACCACCAUGGAUCUACCCAAGGCCAGUCAGGAGAUAGCUCUGGGCAUUCUGGGUCUCAUCAAGCAGGGACAUCCUCUGGAGGACACAAUGUCUCAUCCCAUGGGCAGUCAGGAUCAGGCUCAAGAGGAAGACAAGAUUCCAAGCAUGUGCUGUCACCAGACAGCUCCAGACACUCAGGCACAGGGCACGGACCCUCCCCUUCAGGACCUAAGACAACCAGACAUCAGGGAUCCACUAGCAGUCAGGCCAGCGACAGUGAAGGACACUCUGAAGACUCAGGAUCCAAGAAAACCAGACAUCGGGGAUCCACUAGUAGUCAGGCUAGUGACAGCGAAGGACACUCUGAAGACUCAGGUAGACAUUCUCCCUCAACCCAUGACAAGACUGGGUCCAGUUCAAAGCACUACCAUGGAUCUACCCAUGGCCAGUCAAGAGACAUCUCGGGACAUUCGGAGUCCCAUCAAGGGCACAGAGCCAAUCAUGGGCCAUCUGAGUCUGUCCAUGGACAGUCAGACAAAAGUGCCAAUAGAAGACAAGGGUCUAGUCAUGGACAGUCUGCAGGCAGCUCUAGACACUCAGGGUCUCAUCAAGCAGAGACAUCCUCUGGAGGACACAAUGUCUCAUCCCAUGGGCAAUCAGGAUCAGGCUCAAGAGGACGACAAGAAUCCAAGCAUGUGCUGUCACCAGACAGCUCCAGACACUCAGGCACUGGGCAUGGACAAUCUUCUUCAGGGUCCAGAACAACCAGACAUCGGGGACCCAGUAGUAGUCAGGCAAGCGACAGUGAAGGACACUCUGAAGACUCAGGUAGACAUUCUCCCUCAACCCAUGACAGGACUGGGUCCAGUUCAAGGCACCACCAUGGAUCUACCCAUGGCCAGUCAGGAGAUAGCUCUGGACAUUCUGGGUCCCAUCAAAAGCAGAAAGCCAAUCAUGGGCGAUCUGAGUCUGUCCAUGGACAGUCAGACUCAAGUGCCAACAGGAGACAAGGGUCUAGUCAUGGACAGUCUGCAGGCAGCUCUAGACACUCAGGGUCUCAUCAAGCACAGACAUCCUCUGGAGGACACAAUGUCUCAUCCCAUGGGCAGUCCAGAUCAGGCUCAAGAGGAAGACAAGGAUCCAAGCAUGUGCUGUCACCAGACAGCUCCAGACAAUCAGGUACUGGACAGGGACCCUCCCCUUCAGGGCCUAAGACAACCAGACAUCGGGGAUCCACUAGCAGUCAGGCCAGCGACAGUGAAGGACACUCUGAUNCCAGAACAACCAGACAUCGGGGACCCAGUAGUAGUCAGGCAAGCGACAGUGAAGGACACUCUGAAGAGACAGGUAGACAUUCUCCCUCAACCCAUGACAGGACUGGAUCCAGUUCAAGGCACCACCAUGGGUCUACCCAUGGCCAGUCAAGAGACAGUUCUGGACAUUCUGGGUCUCAUCAAGCAGGGACAUCCUCUGGAGGACACAAUGUCUCAUCCCAUGGGCAAUCAGGAUCAGGCUCAAGAGGAAGACAAGAUUCCAAGCAUGUGCUGUCACCAGACAGCUCCAGACAUUCAGGUACUGGGCAACGACCAUCAUUUUCAGGGUCGAGAACAACCAGACAUCAGGGAUCCACUAGUAGUCAGGCCAGUGACAGUGAAGAACACUCUGAAGACUCAGGUAGACAAUAUCCCUCAACCCAUGACAAGACUGGGUCCAGUUCAAGGCACCACCAUGGAUCUACCCAUGGCCAGUCGGGAGACAGUUCUGGACAUUCAGGGUCCCAUCAAGGGCAGAGAGCCAGUCAUGGGCCAUCUGAGUCUGUCCAUGGACAGUCAGACAAAAGUGCCAACAGAAGACAAGGGUCUAGUCAUGGACAGUCUGCAGGCAGCUCCAGACACUCAGGGUCUCAUCAAGCAGAGACAUCCUCUGGAGGACACAAUGUCUCAUCCCAUGGGCAGUCCAGAUCAGGCUCAAGAGGAAGACAAGGAUCCAAGCAUGUGCUGUCACCAGACAGCUCCAGACAAUCAGGUACUGGACAGGGACCCUCCCCUUCAGGGCCUAAGACAACCAGACAUCGGGGAUCCACUAGCAGUCAGGCCAGCGACAGCGAAGGACACUCUGAAGACUCAGGUAGACAUUCUCCCUCAACCCAUGACAGGACUGGGUCCAGUUCAAGGCACCACCAUGGAUCUACCCAUGGCCAGUCAGGAGAUAGCUCUGGACAUUCUGGGUCCCAUCAAAAGCAGAAAGCCAAUCAUGGGCGAUCUGAGUCUGUCCAUGGACAGUCAGACUCAAGACCUAAGACAACCAGACAUCAGGGAUCCACUAGCAGUCAGGCCAGCGACAGUGAAGGACACUCUGAAGACUCAGGACCUAAGACAACCAGACAUCAGGGAUCCACUAGCAGUCAGGCCAGCGACAGUGAAGGACACUCUGAAGACUCAGGGACAUCCUCUGGAGGACACAAUGUCUCAUCCCAUGGGAAGUCAGGAUCAGGCUCAAGAGGAAGACAAGAAUCCAAGCAUGUGCUGUUACUAGACAGCUCCAGACACUCAGGCACAGGGCACGGACCAUCACCUUCAGGAUCCAAGAAAACCAGACAUCGGGGAUCCACUAGUAGUCAGGCUAGUGACAGCGAAGGACACUCUGAAGACUCAGGUAGACAUUCUCCCUCAACCCAUGACAAGACUGGGUCCAGUUCAAAGCACUACCAUGGAUCUACCCAUGGCCAGUCAAGAGACAUCUCGGGACAUUCGGAGUCCCAUCAAGGGCACAGAGCCAAUCAUGGGCCAUCUGAGUCUGUCCAUGGACAGUCAGACAAAAGUGCCAAUAGAAGACAAGGGUCUAGUCAUGGACAGUCUGCAGGCAGCUCUAGACACUCAGGGUCUCAUCAAGCAGAGACAUCCUCUGGAGGACACAAUGUCUCAUCCCAUGGGCAGUCCAGAUCAGGCUCAAGAGGAAGACAAGAAUCCAAGCAUGUGCUGUCACCAGACAGCUCCAGACACUCAGGCACUGGGCACGGACCAUCACCUUCAGGAUCCAAGAAAACCAGACAUCGGGGAUCCACUAGUAGUCAGGCUAGUGACAGCGAAGGACACUCUGAAGACUCAGGUAGACAUUCUCCCUCAAGCCAUGACAAGACUGGGUCCAGUUCAAAGCACCACCAUGGAUCUACCCAUGGCCAGUCAAGAGACAUCUCGGGACAUUCGGAGUCCCAUCAAGGGCACAGAGCCAAUCAUGGGCCAUCUGAGUCUGUCCAUGGACAGUCAGACAAAAGUGCCAAUAGAAGACAAGGGUCUAGUCAUGGACAGUCUGCAGGCAGCUCUAGACACUCAGGGUCUCAUCAAGCAGAGACAUCCUCUGGAGGACACAAUGUCUCAUCCCAUGGGCAAUCAGGAUCAGGCUCAAGAGGAAGACAAGAAUCCAAGCAUGUGCUGUCACCAGACAGCUCCAGACACUCAGGCACUGGGCAUGGACAAUCUUCUACAGGGUCCAGAACAACCAGACAUCGGGGACCCAGUAGUAGUCAGGCAAGCGACAGUGAAGGACACUCUGAAGACUCAGGUAGACAUUCUCCCUCAACCCAUGACAGGACUGGGUCCAGUUCAAGGCACCACCAUGGGUCUACCCAUGGCCAGUCAAGAGACAGUUCUGGACAUUCUGGGUCUCAUCAAGCAGGGACAUCCUCUGGAGGACACAAUGUCUCAUCCCAUGGGCAAUCAGGAUCAGGCUCAAGAGGAAGACAAGAUUCCAAGCAUGUGCUGUCACCAGACAGCUCCAGACAUUCAGGUACUGGGCAACGACCAUCAUCUUCAGGGUCGAGAACAACCAGACAUCAGAGAUCCACUAGUAGUCAGGCCAGCGACAGUGAAGAACACUCUGAAGACUCAGGUAGACAAUAUCCCUCAACCCAUGACAAGACUGGGUCCAGUUCAAGGCACCACCAUGGAUCUACCCAUGGCCAGUCGGGAGACAGUUCUGGACAUUCAGGGUCCCAUCAAGGGCAGAGAGCCAGUCAUGGGCCAUCUGAGUCUGUCCAUGGACAGUCAGACAAAAGUGCCAACAGGAGACAAGGGUCUAAUCAUGGACAGUCAGUAGGCAGCUCUAGACACUCAGGGUCUCAUCAAGCAGAGACAUCCUCUGGAGGACACAAUGUCUCAUCCCAUGGGCAGUCCAGAUCAGGCUCAAGAGGAAGACAAGAAUCCAAGCAUGUGCUGUCACCAGACAGCUCCAGACACUCAGGUACUGAGCACGGACCCUCCCCUUCAGGACCUAAGACAACCAGACAUCGGGGACCCAGUAGUAGUCAGGCCAGUGACAGCGAAGGACACUCUGAAGACUCAGGUAGACAUUCUCCCUCAGCCCAUGACAGGACUGGGUCCAGUUCAAGGCACCACCAUGGAUCUACCCAUGGCCAGUCAAGAGACAGUUCUGGACAUUCUGGGUCUCAUCAAGCAGGGACAUCCUCUGGAGGACACAAUGUCUCAUCCCAUGGGCAGUCCAGAUCAGGCUCAAGAGGAAGACAAGAAUCCAAGCAUGUGCUGUCACCAGACAGCUCCAGACACUCAGGUACUGAGCACGGACCCUCCCCUUCAGGACCUAAGACAACCAGACAUCGGGGACCCAGUAGUAGUCAGGCCAGUGACAGCGAAGGACACUCUGAAGACUCAGGUAGACAUUCUCCCUCAACCCAUGACAGGACUGGGUCCAGUUCAAGGUACCACCAUGGAUCUACCCAUGGCCAGUCAAGAGACAGUUCUGGACAUUCUGGGUCUCAUCAAGCAGGGACAUCCUCUGGAGGACACAAUGUCUCAUCCCAUGGGCAGUCAGGAUCAGGCUCAAGAGGAAGACAAGAAUCCAAGCAUGUGCUGUCACCAGACACCUCCAGACAAUCAGGCACUGGGCACGGACCAUCUUCUUCAGGGUCCAGAACAACCAGACAUCGGGGACCCAGUAGUAGUCAGGCAAGCGACAGUGAAGGACACUCUGAAGACUCAGUCAGUCUAGCUCCAGCAGCACACGAGGACAAGAGUGGCACCAUGAUCCACAAGGAGACCACUCAGGAAACUCAGGGAAUGUACAUGGAGAAGUCUCAUCUCGAUCUGGUCACAGUAGACACCAUGGAUCCAGUAUCAGUCAGUUUCACAACCAGCUACUUCAGCUACCACCUGAGGCCCUACUUUCUCUAG